ACAUGGACCGUGGCCAAACUCUAUCUAUAGGGACUCUAGUAUCAUCGUCCUCCAAUUACUUCCGGGCCCACUUGAUGGUUACAAAAAUUUACCCAGGGUUGACAGUCUUUAAUAGUAUCUCGUCGGUGACGAAAGGACUCCACGACGGCACAUUGGCCGAUUUCUGAUUAAGGAUCUCUAGAGAAACAGAACGAAACAAUUAUUGGGCUAGUGUUUAUUUCCCCGAUUUGUAUUCACUAAUAAGGACGAAUCAAUUCUAAAUCAAUCAAAUAAAUUAUAUAAACAAUUCAAGUAUGAUGAAUAAACCAACAUAUAUAAAUCUUAUUUAUGCAUAUUUUUAUCUCCUAACCAUGCGAGAAUAAAUACGUAUGUAUUUCACAAUAGGAUGACUGGUUAAUUGAUAAUGAUGAAACAAGCACAAUCGGGGUAAUAGAUAUAUAUUAUGACAGAUGUAAGAAAGACGCAAAAUAACAUCAACAAGAUUUUUGCAUUCAAUUUGGUGUACAAGAUUGCAUUAGACUAUUCUAUAUCAUCUUGAGAAAAUACGAACGAUAAUUUUUAUUCAAAUUAUUUAUUCUUUUGUUUCUGUUUAAUGUUAUUUGCGCAAUUUUGAAUUCAAAUAACUUGUUUGGAAAAAAUCAUGGAUAUCAUUGUAAGGCUGAAUGAACAAACGGCAGGCAGGGAUAAAAUAAUAAGAUUAUUACAAUAUGGAAGUCGUGCUUAUUGGUACUAUGCGCAGAAUGCACAAAGCACAAAAUUCUCAGCUGAAAUUUUGAGAAGUUUGGAAUUCACUUUUAGUACAUUCCGAAAAUUGCUCCGUCUUGGAAGAUGCUUAGACACUUUGUAUUCGGCUCUAAAAAUGAUGAAGUAUCCUGAUCCAACAGUCAAGAUAACAUUAAUUAUGGCAAAAAUAGCAAAUGCUUUGUAUUUACUGGCAGAUCAUUUUAUUUGGGUCGGCAGAGUAGGAAUUUUAAGAGUCAAUUUGGAAAAGUGGAAUAGAGUUGCAAAUAAAUAUUGGCUAAUAACUAUUAUUAUGAGUUUAAUGAGAGAUUUUUAUGAGAUUAUAAAGAUUUUAAAACACGAGAAAAAUAUAUUUAAACAAUAUCAAAUAUUGUCCUGUCUAAGAAAUCAUAAAAAAGUGAUGAUGGAUACAGUUAAAAAUGGAUGUGAUUUAUUUAUUCCAUUGACAGCAUUAGGUAUCACAAAAUGUACUCCUGGUACAGUAGGUUUACUUGGAAUAAUUUCUUCAUUUAUUGGUCUCUAUACCAUUAUCAAUCCACUUUAUAAAUUAACUCCAUCUUAGGAUAGAAUAUUUAUUAAUAUGGUGUGUGUGUAUGUAUAUGGAUCUUUUGAUUAUAGAUAUAAAUACAUAUAAGGAAAUGGGCAUAUAUGCAAUAUUCUUACAUCAAAAUGUUUUAUGAUUCUAUGAUUAAUUAAUAUGAAAGAUGUUAUUGAUUAUAUGUGAUUAUCAGGAAAAAAUAGAUCUUUUCUCUGUUUUUUUAAAAUAUAUAUUUCAUAAUAUAAUAUACUUAUUUAUAAUCUAAA